AUGUUGUGCCACCAGGCAGAGCUGGACCUGGAUACGUGUGGGAUCAAAGUGGAGCAGCAUGGGAUCUGUGCUCAUGUGUUUUGCCUGGUCUGCUUUGUCUGCCACCAGAAUGGGGCCACCAUCACCUGCUGGGAGACGGGCUGUGACUGCAGCUUCCAUCUCCCCUGUGCCACACAGGGUGGGUGUGUCACCCAGUACUUUGGGUUCUACAGGUCCUUCUGCAGGGAGCACCGCCCACAGCAGGCAGUGGAUGUUGUUCCAAAGGUGGGCACCACCUGUUUCAUCUGCCUGGAGCCUGUGGACAACCAAACAUCCUAUAGGACCAUGGUGUGUCCAGCAUGCAAACACACCUGGUUCCAUAGGGACUGCAUCCAGAAUCAGGCUGUCUUCACUGGUGCUCGCUGCUUCUGCUGCCCAUGUUGUAAAAAUGAAUAUAAAUUUUCAAUGGAAAUGCUCACCAUGGGGAUCCGAGUCCCCCAGAGACCACUAUCCUGGGAGAACCUCCAUGCAAAUGCAGAAGUAAGUGGGAGGCACAGCUGCUGUGACUCUAGAGAGUGCCUGUGUCCAGGAGGCAGGGAGCAGGCACAGGAAGAAGGGCCUUGGCAACUGCUCCUAUGUUGCUCCUGUGCUGCCGAGGGCACCCACAGGCGAUGUGCCUACCUGAGGCGCAGCACAGCCAGCUGGGAGUGUGACAGCUGUGCUGGCCCCAGCAGAGACGAGAAAACGCUGCAGGACCAGCCAUACAGCAUCCCCGAGUGA